AUGCUGAGAGUUGGAGGUUUUAUUGACUGCUAUUCUGGUAAGGGAUUUCUUCAUUCAUUGCUUAUUGCAAAUCAUCAGAAGGCUAGUAUUUCGCUGCAAUUGUCACUCGUUCAAUCGCUUUCCAAGAAAUGUGUUUUCAAAACUUCACCUUCAAUAUGCUUACCACUACGCGAAUUGAGGCCAUCGUUUUUGGGACGUUUCUUUGGUUCGUGUUCAAUUCUGCGUGCAGCGAGCAGUGAAAAUAAUGAUCGAGGUGAAGAAGAGUCGUCGAAAGAACCUAAUAAUAGAAGGCUAAGGAAAUUUUUCAUGGGUUUGCUGAUUGGAAGUAUAGCAACAGCAGUGGUGACGUCUGCUUUAGCAAGCAUAUGGCAGACAAAAUAUACAAAUCAGUUGACAGUUCAUGACUUUCUGACCUACAUAGUGCCAUCAGGGCAGAUUGAACAAAUUGUAAUAACUGGAAAUGUUGCUCGUAUCAUUAUGAGGCCGGGUCCAGUGCAGAAUUUGCCGUUCAGUGAGUCUGGAUACAAUAUGUUCAGGCCAGGUGUAGGUUGGCAAAAAGUAUAUGUGUUGACGGCUAUGGACGCUAAAAAAUUGGAAGCUGAUAUACGCGCGAUAGAAACUGCUGUGGGAAGGGCACCAGAAGAGUGGGCACCGGUUGCUGUUAUUGACACUUCAAUGCAAGGAUUUCUAGAUCUUCUUUUGUUGCUUUUAUUGGCAUUAAUGCUGAUUGGAGCCUCAAAAUCUCUUCCUUCAAUGAAAAGUUCAUUUCAAGAUGUGCUUGGUCUGAAAAUGAAGCUAAAUAUAAUCAAAUCAAAUGAUAUAAACGCUCAAAAAAUAAAGUUCAAAGAUGUUGCGGGUUUACAUGAAGCUAAAAUUGAGAUUAAAGAAUUUGUGGAUUAUCUCAAACGCCCUGAAAAAUACAUGAAACUAGGAGCUCGCCUGCCGAAAGGUGCAUUGCUUACCGGUCCACCUGGAUGUGGAAAGACGUUUUUGGCAAAGGCCCUCGCUGCCGAAUCUUCAGUGCCAUUUAUUUCGAUGAAUGGCACUGAAUUUGUUGAAAUGAUUGGAGGUUUGGGAGCAUCUAGAAUCAGAAAUUUGUUCAAAACUGCGAAGAAAAUGGCACCUUGCAUCAUUUAUAUCGACGAAAUAGACGCUAUAGGACGCAAAAGGAGUCAGAGCGAAGUUGCGGGUGGUGGAACUCGGGAAGAGGAACAGACCUUGAAUCAGUUACUGGUAGAGAUGGAUGGCAUUGAUAGUGCUCGCGGUGUGGUUCUACUUGGUUCAACAAAUCGUGGCGACAUAUUGGAUAAGGCUCUUCUUCGCCCUGGGCGAUUCGAUCGACACAUUGUUAUCGACCUUCCAACCGUUUUGGAAAGGCAAGAAAUGUUCGAAUUAUAUUUGAGCAAAAUUAAGUUGGAUCAUGAACCGCAAUAUUAUUCCAAGAGGCUCGCUCAAAGAACGCCAGGAUUUUCAGGGGCAGAUAUCGCAAAUGUGGUAAAUGAGGCAGCGAUUCGGGCAGCAUCAUCAAAGAAGAGUCUGGUAACCAUAGAUGAAUUGGAUGAAUCAUUGCAGAGGAUUCUUGCAGGUGCAGAAAAAAGGAGCCGAUCAAUGGUAGAAGAAGAACGUGAAAUCGUAGCAUAUCACGAAUCUGGUCAUGCUUUGAUUGGAUGGUUGCUCGAACAUACUGAUGCCUUGCUAAGGGUUAGCAUUAUCCCGCGAACGAGUGCUAAACUUGGUUUUGCGCAAUAUAGUCCACGAGAGCGAAAAAUAUUAACUAAAGAAGAGAUGUUUGAUAGAAUGUGCAUGUUGCUUGGAGGUAGAGCAGCAGAAAAUAUUAUUUUUGGACGUAUUACUACAGGCGCUGAAGAUGAUUUGAAAAAGGUCACGAAGUCGGCAUACGCGCAAGUGCAACUAUAUGGAAUGAGUAAAACUGUAGGUCCCCUGAGUUUCCCCAUAAUGGAUGACAGCAAACGAAGCGAGUUGGAAAUUUAUAAAAAACCAUUUAGCAUGAAAUUACAACAUUUGAUUGACCAGGAAGUUUCUAAAUUAGUUUCGAAAGCAUAUUUCACUGCAGAAGGCAUUUUAAAGGCGAAUGAAGAAAAACUGAAAAAGUUGGCAGCUUCACUAUUGGAGAAAGAAAUGCUGAGUUAUGAAGACGUUUUACGGUUAAUUGGACCCCCGAAAUUCCCGAAACAGGUAGUGGAAUUAGCUGAUCAUGUCUUACCGAACUUAGCGGAACCAUAA